ACCUACCAUGCUACCUACCAUGCACCAAUGUUAUCUAAUCUAUCAGGAACUGAUAGAUUGGUUGUACCGACAACCACCAGUCUUAGCAACGCUGUGUUCCAGUGUGCAUCUCGUGUCGUGUUGAAGAGUUUGUAGCGUCAUAAUGGAUAACCAAGCAGAAGAGAAUGAUGCUCAGCAGAACCUCCUCGACACAGCCAAAAAAGAUCAUGUUGUGUUGCCAAUGGAAGAGGAGUCAGAACACGCGACCAGUACCACUGAAAGACCUAGCAAGAGGUCGAGCCAACAACAGAAAGCCAGAGAUAUCAACAAGAUCAAGAUUCACGAGGCGGCGGAGGUCGGUGACGAGGGUUUACUACGGGAGAUUGUGAACAGACGACCCGAGGCGCUUGGUUUCCUGGACAUAAAUGGCAACACACCUCUCCACCUGGCUGCUAAAGGCAACCACCAUGACUGUUGCAGAAUUCUUCUGGAAGUCAGCACCAAAGAAGUUAACAUAAAAAACAAAGCUGGUAAUUCCUCACUUAUGUUGUCGAUAACCACCGGAAACAAAUCUACAGAGCUAACAAAAUUACUCAUUAACAAGGGAUCAAAGUUUGAUACAAAAAACAAAGGUAAACAAACAGCUCUACACAUAACAUCUGAGAAAGGUAAUGUUGAAACACUGAAACUGCUCCUUGAGCUUGACAAAAGCUGCGUAAACGAUAAGGAUUCGGAAAAACUGACGCCUCUACAUGUAGCAGCCAAAAAUGGACACUGGAAAGCUUGCAGUGAGCUUGUUAAGGCAGGAGCAAAUUUAGAAGACAAAGAUGCCAGUGGCUUGACACCACUUCACUGGGCUGCUAAAAUGGGUUUCUCUGAAUGUUGUAAGAAGCUUUUGGAGCACAAGGCUUCUAUUAACAAUAAAAAUAAUAAAGGGAACACCCCACUCCAUUUAUUGUGUGCAUCUGGAAAGGAAAAACCGGAGUGUGCCAAGCUGCUGAUUGAUCAUGGAGCUGAUGUUAAUGUCCAGAAUAACGUGGGUGAGACACCAUUUCAUCUUUCCUUUCGCUCACACUUCAAAGUAUCAGAGGUUUUCCUUGGUCAGGAUGUGAAUUUAUUGUUGGCUGACAAGCAAGGCAGAACAGUUUUGCAUUUUGCUGCAGAAAGGCAUAAUUCAGACUACGUUGAGCUAGUAAUGAAAAUGGAAGGAAGUUCAAAAGACUUAAUCAACAAAUUAGAUGACCAAGGAAAAACAGCUUUACAUAUAGCCAUUUCUAAAAGAGUAAUUGAUACAUGUAAAUUUCUGAUAAAACGUGGUGCAGAUGGCACCAUUUCCUGCGGUAGAGUUGGCACGGCUCUACAUAUGGCAGCACAUUAUGGCCUGGAUGAUAUCUGUGACUAUCUCAUUACCAAGGGUGUCAAGGUGGACAUAAAGAACAGUGAGGGAUUAGCACCACUACAUAUAGCAGCAAAAGAAGGCCAUAAAGAAUGCUGCAAGGUGCUAUGCAAGAGAGGUGCUUUUGUAGCUAUCCGUGAUGGUGAUGAAAUGACAGCUCUCCACCAUGCUGCCAAGGGCAAACAUUAUGCCUGCUGUGAGAUAUUAAAAAGACAACUACAUUUACUUAACUUGGUAGAUAAGCAUAAAAGAACUCCUCUACAUGUAGCUGUGGAAGUUAAUUCCUUGAAUUGUUGCAAGGUUUUAUUAACACCUAAAACAGAUAUUUGGGGAAAGUCCUCCAGUGGAAGUCCUGUAAAGUUGGCAUGUGAUGGAUGUUACCAUGAUAUCUUCAGGCUUCUCUUAUCUUAUGGAAGUGUUAACAGAACUCACAAUGAAAAGGACAUUAAUUUCCAGGACCUUCUUGAAAAGUCAUUGGAACGUCAAGAUAGGAAAAUGGUGGAAAGUAUCAUAGACAGCUGCUUCUGGGAGGAAGCUUUCAUGCCCUCACAAGAAAUUUUAGUGGAAAAGCAGAGGAAUGGGAAUUUAAGGCUGCUAGUUAAGAACUAUCCAGACUUAGUCAAGAGCGUACUGGACAAGUGCAUACCAGCUCCAGCCGUUACUGAGUGCGACAAGACACUGCAAAAGCCACAAUGGCGUUACCUAGUGCAUUACCUGGAUGAGGCAUACCCAGUACCAGGUAAAGAAGAAAGUGAUGAUACCAAACAAACAAGACCACAGGACUCACAACCAAGACAGCCUUUUGAAACAGAGUGUGGAGGGUUGGCAGCAGGAGCAAUAGUGGCCCCGGUGGACCAGGCCUGGCGUUCCGACCACCUCAUGGAGUGGAUCCUUCGAUACAACCACCACCACCUCCUGCAGCACCCGCUCAUCACCUACUGGCUCCGAUACAAGUGGCUCAGCUACAUCAGAAUACAUCACUAUGUUUGUCUAACUCUGACCUUCUUCUUGGCACUUCUCUUAACAAUCUUCACUGCAAUAUCUUGGGACUGGGCGUAUAUGGAACACACAUACAACUAUAUUGCUAUCAACUCGAAAGAGCGAAAGAGCGCGGAUAGCAUUUCAGAGUUUCAAGACUGUUGUGAAAGCAUGAGUGGUGAAGAGGGGCUCUAUAUCAGUCUCGUUCUGGCUAAUCCACAACAUCUGUCACCGACACCAAAUCUGAUCUUUUAUUUACAGCUGAGAAAAAGAUGUAUACAAUUCGAAGGCCUUUGUUCCCUGAUAAGUGAUACAUUCAGCUUCAUUUUUAUUACCAAUUUCACAACCUGCUCAAGGAACACCCUUCUACGAGAGGACUGGCAGUGGCAGGUGGGCGUGGUGUCUGUACUCACAUCCUGGCUGUGCGUCGUCAUGUUGAUGAAGAAUGAACGCUGCUGCAGCAAUUUCUUUUACCACACCAUCCACCUUUUUCGCACCCUCUUCAACAUUAUCCUUCCUCUAUUAGCUAUAGGAACUGUAGUAUUUUUUAUUUAUAAAAUAAGUGGCAAAGGAAAAACUGCUAACAAUCAAGCAUUGAAUACUUUCCUUAAAAUAUUUUCGAAUCAGUGGGUCAGUACGGCAUUCUUUGUCGGAUUAACUACUGUUGUCUGCCUUGUAAUGUUAGAUAACAGUAGAAAUCAACAGAGAAAAGUGAACAAGGACCUUCGCACUCUCGCUUUUGUGAAGAUGACAAUGGACUUUGACCUCCUAUAUCCUAUCUUGAGGAAGAAGUAUUAUGCUUUUUGGAUACCAGAACAUAAAGUAAACUUCAGCAGCCAGUGUAACUGUCUUAAACAAUGUUUACCUUGUCAGAAAGAGCAGUUAGAAGAGUUAAGUGAAACGAAAAGUGAGAAUGAGAGAGAAGUUUUGGAUGAAACACGUGAUAUAAAUGAGAAAAUUGAAAAGCUUCACCAAAAUGCAAACGAACAAAAAAUAGCAACACAGCUAUUAGCACAAAAUGUAAAUGAAUUGAAAAAUCUGUUAAAAACAAAAAGUUAAUUUGACACUGUUGUGUAAACAAUCUAAACGGUAAAAUUAGAACAGUCGGGUUAUUUCUCGGCUCACAAUCGGGAAUUCCAGAAUUUAGCUGAAACCAAUCUAUAUUAAAUAAACACCAAAAACCAC